CGUGGGGCGGGGCCGUUCAUCCUCUCGGCGCGGCGUGGCCGCCGAUGCAGCCGCGACGCUGAGCGCUCCGUGCGGGCUGUGUGCCCUGCUGGCAGUGCGCGCGUCCCGCCGCCGGGGGCUGUUUGGAAAGCUGACGUGGGGUUUUUUGCAAGCGGUACCAUGGAAGAGGGGGCGGCAGGUACCGGUCCGCACGCAGAACGUUCUGGCUGCCGCUGGCAGUUGGCACUGCUCAACCGGCAGCCGCCGGCAGGGCACGCCGCAGGACGAGCGCCAUCCCCCGCCCUGCCGUCCUGCCAUGCCCACGCUCCUUUUCCUCCUCCAGCUGCUCACCUUUUCCCAGCAAGCCCUGCGAGCCUCCUCUCCGCGUAUGCGGCCGCCGCCCCUGGCGGUCUCCUGCCUUGGAGCGGACGGAGGCGGGUGGCUCUCCUGCCCGGGGAAUGGCGCCUUGAACCUGCGGUACCAGCCAGCCCCGGGAGCGAGAGUGCAGGCGGGGAGCAAAGAGAGGCAGCCUCCAGCACCACCGCGCUGCCUCUGGCACCUGAAUUCAGUUUGGGUGAAGAACACCUCUCUCUGGUCCGGGCAAGUCACACUCCAGAUAGGCCUCUCCUCUGGAAGCGCCCUUUGGUCCGUGGCCUCCAAUCUCAUCACCGUGCAGUGCUCGUCUGCCUCAUGCGCUGCACCUGAGUGCCUGUACCACAACUUGAGCGUCGAGGUGUCAGUGAGGUGGGCAACCCAGAAUAGCUCACACACGUACCAUGAUCGCACGGGAAGCACCGCCUGUUUGUUGCAAUGCUCGGCUUUCCCCUUGGAUCCAGAGAAACACCGAGGAUUGGUGGCAAAAGAGAACAGCCUCCAAAGCAGACCGGCACCAGCUCUCCUCAGAGUCAGCGGCAAAGCUUCAAGAACAGCAGAGCCGGCAGUGCUUCACCAGGAAGCAGCCUGCAAAUUGAACUCAGUUACAAUUCAGAAACCUCCUCUUCACACCUCUGUCAUACGUCAGAAGAAGGGCACAGCGUUUUACCUGCUUGCCAGAGUGCUGGUAGACUGCAGCCUCCAAGUGUCCAUAAAGCCCCAAUGGAUAUUCUACGCUGUUAAGGACAUGAAAACGAAUCCAACGGACUGGGAUAAACCUCUAGAUAUAUCAUCACUGCACGGCGUAAACACAGUACAGUUAACAGUUCCCAGCGGGACUUUGGAUUAUGGAAUGUAUCAGGUCUAUUUUACUGCUUCGGUAUAUGUGCUCGGGACCAAAAGAUCCUUCAGUAAGACAGACAGAGUUUUUCUCCAGAUAGAGAGAUCUAAUCUUGUGGCGAGUAUUGCAGGAGGCACCUUCCGAACAGUGGGCUUUUCUGAUAAUUGGACUCUUGAUGGCUCUGUGUCCUAUGACCCCGAUUCACUGGAAAGACACAAGGGAAUCACAUUUACUUGGUACUGUACUAGAGAGCCAUCGGACUAUGAAUACAUGAGAAUCGGUGAGGCAAAUAAAUGCCAUCCAGCCCAGAGGGAUUUGAGGUGGCUGACACCUUCAGGAGCUGUUCAGGUGAUAGCACCAGAAUCCCUCCCAGGAAACGCUGUCUACCACUUUCGUUUAAUCAUUCAGAAGGACAGCAGAAGGAGUUAUGCCGACCAAAGCAUAAACGUGCAGUCUGGCUUCUCACCUCUUCUGUAUGUGGCAUGCCUUGAAAACUGUGGCAGUGCUGUAAUUCCGACAGAGAGGUUUACACUGUCAGGCAAGUGCCUCAACUGUCAAACAAGCAGCCAGCCAGUCUACCACUGGUCGCUUUGGCUGGAAAACUCUACAGAAAUUAGCUUUGACUGGAAUUCCAGAACCUCGACGGGCAGGUCUGGUGCUUACCUUUCUAUACAUGCUCUGACUUUUACCAGUACUGCAGAUCAAUCCUACGUACUGCUACUGAACGUGACUACCUGGGGUGGGAGGUCAUCACUCUACAGAUACGCAUUUAAAGUAAAUUCUCCACCCAGGGCUGGCAAGUGUAGCAUCACCCCACACCGGGGUAUGGCUUUUCUGACAAAAUUUGUUGUCCAGUGCGGUGGGUUUUCUGACCGCAACCUACCUCUGACGUACAAGGUCAUAGUAGCUUCCGACAUAUCCAAAACGGCCAAAAUUAACUCGGUGGAGGACAACACGUUUGGCACAAUUCUGUACUUUGGCUACCAGCCUAGAAUGCCUCCAUCUCUCCUUCCGGUUGGUGUGCCCUCUCAGAGGUAUACCGUGACGCUGUAUGUUCAAGUGUGUGAUUCUCUGGGGGCAUUUACCCAACUGAGCCUGCAUGUCAUAGCGCAGAACCCGGUGAAAAGUCGACCGCUAGCUGUGGUGUUCCAUGAACUGCUUGCCUCAGUGAGUGGUUCAAGUGCGCCCAUGACAGCUUAUCUCCAGACCGGAGACUAUUUUAAUGCAGGCUAUUUGGCUUAUCUUGCAGCCUCCGUCCUAAACUAUGUCGAAGCUGGACCAACCCUCCAGAUAACCAAGACUCAGUUGAGGGAAAACCUGAUUAAGACAGCCCUGAAUAUUUCAGUUGAGAACACAAUGGAAAUCAACCAAGUAGUAGCCUCUCUUUUUCAAGUCACAGAGCAACCCGAGGAGGUGAGCACUGAGUCGCAAGAGAUUGCCAUUAAAAAACUGACUGAAGUAACUGAAGUGUUGAAAACACAGAACAAUGAGAGCCACUGGUCUGAACAAACCGAAAUUCAGACCAGUGGAAUAUUGAGAUGCUUGUCCAACAUCCUGAGAGCUACACUUCUGCGUCGCAGGAAUGUCAAUGUUCAUGCAGUCGCAGAAGUCUUCUCCAUCAUGGAAAACUUAACUGAGAUUGUUUUCCAAGGCAAAGUUCCUGGGGAGGAAGACACUGUCAUGGAAACCCAAACCUGGAAGAUCACUUUGAUGAAGGACGAAAACUGGGAUGUUGCAAACACUUUCUCUACCACAAAAGCUUGCAAGAAUUGUUUCUAUCCAACACUGAAAGACGGAAAGUAUUCGAGAUUGUCUUACAAUGCUGUCAUUUCUACUGCCCUGUUUGAGUUUGAUGAAAACCCUUUCCCUUGGUUGGCUUAUACUUCAGAGAUCGCAACAACCAUCUUGGGCUUCAAAAUGGCAGAGACCAAGGCUAAUGGGGACCUGCUAGGAAUCCUGCCUGAAGAAGCAAACAUUCUUAUCACUAGGAAAGAUACUGAAUCAUCGACAUUUCGGUUAGUGAUGGGACCUGAUAAAACACAAACCUACACGACCGGAGGAUUUAGUCUUGAAGUGAACACAGAUACCAAGAUCAUAUACAUCCAGAUCCUGACAAAAUUAGAAGUGGCUUUCCAGGUGCUGGUGUUUUCAGGCACUAAUGUCACUCAGAGUUUUCCCAUCGCCUCUUUUGAUGCUUUUCACAACACGACGACAGUGGCAAGCAAAACCAAGACAGUUGAUGAAGAGUGUAAAAUCAAGACUCCUUACAUCAUCUGUCUCCCAGAGUCAGUGCUGAAAGUCGCAGCUCAAGGAAGCGGUGCCCAGAGUCAAAACAUUUCCAUCGUCUUGCUGACAUCCUAUAUCACAAGGUAUCCAAAUAUGAGGCUGGUGAGCAUCCACACUUUUAGCGAUCACUGCUUGUUUCUGGGAGGAGUUGAGAACCAGUGGAGUGAAGACAUGUGCAGGCUUGGUUCCCUGACCAACUGGCAGCGGGUACACUGUGUCUGCAACAUGAAGCAGAGUCACUGGAGUAGGUCAGUCCUCACUGCCAAAAGUACAUCCGCAUUAGACAUCAAGUUCCUGGCAGCCAAAGUCAUUGUCACCCCCAACACAGUAGAUCUUAAAAUAAAUCUAAUAGCAGACAUCCCAAAGAACCCCGUGACUCUUCUAACAGUGCUCUUCAUUUUUUCAGCCUACUUUCUUUUGUCCCUCUGGGCCAUACGAAAAGACAGGGCUGAGAUGAUCAGCAAAGACAAAAUCAUAGUUCUGCCCGACAACGACCCCUUUGAUAAAGUCAGCUUUUUGGUCACUCUGUACACUGGCAGUCGCUGGGGAGCUGGAACCAAUGCAGAUGUUUUUCUUCAGCUCAUCGGCCAGAAUGGUGUGAGUGAUAUCCACUGCUUACGGCAUCCACAGCUUCCUGCUUUCCGUCAAGGAAGCACUGACUGCUUUCUCUUAACGACGAAGGAAGACCUGGGAGACAUCCGCGCCUUCAGGGUCUGGCACAAUAACAGAGGCCCAUCACCAGGCUGGUUCUUAAGCAGAGCCAAAGUUGAACACAUGUCUACUCGGAAGACCUGGUUCUUUAUCUGCAGGAAAUGGCUUGCUGCUGACAAGGGGGAUCGCUUACUAGAAAGGACAUUUUCCGUCACCAACCCAAAAGCACCGCUUUCCAGAAAGGACUAUUUCUUUAUUGAUCUGGCCAAUGGUCUGAAAGAGGGCCACCUGUGGCUCUCCGUUUUUGCUCAGGUUCUCACUGGCACUUACAGCAGGCUCCAAAGGUUAUCUUCCUGUCUGACAAUCUUAUUACUAAACCUGCUUGUUAACAUUAUGUUCUUUAAUGCUGACAAGAAUGAAGAAUCUCCAUUGCACUUGAGGUACUUGAAAUCAAUUGUCAUAGGCAUUGAAUGUGCCUUGAUUACAAUACCUGUGGAAAUGAUUAUAAUGGCCUUAUUUAAGUAUUCCCAGAAGAACCCAAACAGAAGUCUACCAUUCCUUCCUGGAAAUCUUAAAAACUGGAGAGAACGUUUGCGAAAACAGAAACCUUCAGAAAUGUCAGCACAAUCUGGCAGUAAUAGUUCCCCGGAGAAUGUUUCUGGUCACAGCAGUUCACAGGGCCUGAUGCAUUACAGGCAGAUGAGAAGCCAGGGAGCUGCCCAGAACAGCGAUAGCUUCCCAGUUUCAGAAGGAGGUGCAAGCACCACCGGAGACGAGAAGCAAUCAGAAAAGAACUCCCCUCCAAAGAUUAAGGCCUGGCAGAGAAGACUACUGUCAAACUCCAAUUUUAGCAAUAACUAUGCAAAAGAAGCAGGUAACUUGCAGGAAGAAAGCGAGCUGCUCAGCGUUACCGCCAUGCCUUCUCGCAAGAGACCACGCAUCGUUUUUUGUUGGUGGUGUAUCUAUCUCUCCUGGGCGUUAGUGAUAGUUGUAAGUGGGGUAUCGUCAUUUUUCAUUGUGCUGUAUGGUUUGUCUUAUGGCUAUCAGACUUCACUGGAGUGGCUUUUAGCAUCAGCAACCUCCUUUGUUCAAAAUGUAUUCUUUGUUUCAAUCAUAAAAAUCAUUUGUUACUCAGCUUUGAACUCAGUUCGUCCAAAAUACUGUGAACACAUUACAUGGUUUACCCAGGAUCUCUCUUCUGAGAUUAAACCAGAUAAGGAAGCAAUGAAUGAAGAAGAGAUGCGAGAGAAGCACUUUAGCCUUGCCCAGAUCAGAGACACCGAGCUGUAUAAGCCUUUAUCAGAUGGUGAAAUUGCAAAGAUGCUGGAAGCAGAAAAAAUUAAAGACAAGGCAUUCAUUUUCAUAAAAGAUGUUAUCAGUCACCUUGUUGUUUUAGCCUUUGUCUUCCAUUUUUCUUAUUCUACUGAGAACACUAAGAGUUUCUACUACAACCAGUUCAUUUGGAACCAGUUCUCUCCCAGGAUCUCUGAUGUGGUCGAGCUAGAAGAUAUUUACAUGUGGCUGAACGACACCUUCUUGCCUUUGAUCCACAAUGAUGUCCAGCCAGCUUUUCUUACUGACAGCUCAUCCAAAAUCAUCGGUUUGCCCAGGAUGAGGCAAGUGCGGGCUAAAGGUACUGAGAAAAAGUGUUUUCACCCUCACAGCUUUGUAAAUAAAUUUGUGAUCAGUAAAAGCCACUGCCUUCACAGAUAUGGCCAGGACAUCGAGGAGAAUGAUGACUAUGCUGGCACUUGGACAGAAGUUGCCAACCAUUCUUUUUCCAGGGAUACCAGCAGUUGCCACGGAUUUACUUACCGACCAAACAGGACUCCCUGGACUUACUUCUCAUAUGGACAUUUGCACACGUAUGGACCAGGAGGAUACACGUUUUGCUUUUUCCCUGAAGAAGAAAGACGUAAUUCAACAGCGAGGCUGGAUUUGCUGCAAGAGAGCAACUGGCUCGAUGAAAAGACUUGGGCUGUGAUCAUCGAACUGACUACGUUCAGCGUGGAUGGACAUCUCUUUUGCAGUAUCUCAGUCAUAUUUGAACUUUCUUUUCUUGGGAUCAUAAAACCAACUUUGUCAGUACACUCUUUUGCGCUCCCCAUUUUCUCUCAGCAAACAAAAGGUGAAAAGGCAUUUCUUGUAUGCACUGUUGCCUUUCUGUUCAUUUACACCGCAGACGGCCUUUACAGCAUGGUCCACAGAAAAAAAUCUACUAGAAGUAUUUCCCAGACAGUCAAUUUCAUCUUAAAAUUGGCAUUCUUCCUUUUUGUUUCUUUACAUAUUAUAAAGCUCAAGAUGGGAGCAGACAUCGUCCACUUUUUCUUACUUUAUCCAAACGAUUUCAUUCCUUUUCAUGCAGUUUCUCAUUUAGAUCAGAAUUUAAGGAAUACUUUGGGCUUUUUGUCAUUUCUUGCAGUUCUGAAGACGCUAAAGUAUUCUCUAUUAUUUUAUGAGGUGCGUCUGGCUCAAAGAUCAAUCUUGGCAGCCCUUCCUGGAAUCUCCUCUAUGGCCUUUGUUGUGGUCGUGUACUUCUUUAUAUUUAUGGCUUUUGGCUACCUUGUGUUUGGCCAGAGUGAAUGGGAUUACCAGAAUAUGAUUCGCUCAGCUCAGACCAUCUUGUCUUACUGCGUGGCUGCUUUCAGAAAUACUGAAUUUUCAUCCAGCAGGCUGCUGGGUGGAUUUUUCCUUGCCUCCUUCCUGCUAGUGAUGACCUGUGUUUUGAUCAACCUCUUCCAAGCUAUUAUUUUGUCCGCCUAUGCAGAUAGGAAAGAAAUUGUAUGUGAAGAACCAUCUGAUGAAGCAAGAGCAGUUGCUUUUGCAUUGCAAAGGAUGAAAAAGAUGCUGUGUUUUCUCAUCUGUAAAACAGCCAAAAGAAAUGACCCCAGUCUUUGCCGCAGUGCGCUCAAUGUGCAGGCUGAGAGGAGACAUCAGUGACAUUCGGGCCUCAAGAAAAGAAAAGGCAAAUGGGAAAAAAAAUGGUUUAUCUUGUAAUAAGAGCAAAGUGGGAUUUUUAAUUCCAGACCACCUCUACUCUGAAACAUGUUUCAAAUAAAUGCUUGUAAAUUGUU